CCCACCCCACUCGACUCGCGAUCUCAUCUUAGUGGAGUAUCUUCUUCGGGCGGCGCCACUUCAGCCAGUCUGUACACACGAUCACACCUCAGUGGGGCCUCGAACACCACGGACACCAGUCCUGCGAUGGGAGUCAGCACUAACGGUGCGGUUGGAGGCGGUAUUGGUGGGGCAGUUGCCGCUUCAGACGGAGCUGGAGGAGAAAGAAGCACUCACUUCUGGCAGGACAGAGCAGAACUGGUGAAACUGUUGAAUCAUGAUGGCUGGCCAGAGCCAGCCUCGUUUCCUAGAAAGGAAUUGGCAAUGGGAGCUCUGCUAGGUGAGGGAAUAUUUUUUCAGAAAUCGCUGUAUCAAUACUGA